GUGCGCACUGCGUGGCUGCGAGAUCAACUAGGAGAGACCGGAGCGGUGAUACGGAGCUGUACUGGUGUUUAGGGUUUUUGGUAAUCCGCGGGUGUGAGAGAAGUCGGGAGAACUCCCGGCGGCGACCGGACUAAGUUCCACAGCGGCUGGGGCAGCAGCGGAAGGCCGGGCGCGGCAUGUCCUGGGUGCCGCGGUGCUGGCAGUGAACGCGCGGCCGGCGAGAUGGGCCGGCGCCGGGCGCAGGAGCUUUACCGGGCUCCGUUCCCGUUGUACGCGCUUCAGGUCGACCCUAGCGCAGGGCUGCUCAUCGCUGCGGGCGGAGGAGGUGCCGCCAAGACAGGCAUAAAGAAUGGCGUGCACUUUCUGCAGCUAGAGCAGAUUAAUGGGCUCCUGAGCGCCUCCUUGUUGCACUCCCAUGACACAGAGACGCGAGCUACCAUGAACUUGGCACUGGCUGGUAACAUCCUUGCUGCAGGGCAGGAUGCCCAUUGCCAGCUUCUGCGCUUCCGGGUCCAUCAGCAGAAGGGCAACAACAAGGCAGAGAAGGCAGGUUCCAAGGAGCAGGGGCCUCGACAAAGGAAAGGGCCUGCCACAGCAGAGAAGUCUGGAGCUGAAACCCAGCGCGAGGGGGUAGAACUCGGGGUAGAGAAUUUGCAGGCAGUACAGACAGACUUUGGCUCUGAUCCACUGCAGAAAGUUGUGUGCUUCAACUGUGAUAAUACCCUGCUUGCCACUGGAGGAACAGAUGGCUACGUUCGUAUCUGGAAGGUGCCCAGUCUGGAGAAAGUUCUGGAGUUUAAAGCCCAUGAAGGGGAGAUUGCAGACCUGGCCGUGGGGCCUAAUGGCAAGUUGGUAACUGUGGGCUGGGACAGGAAGGCCUGCGUGUGGCAGAAGGAUCAACUAGUGAUGCAGCUGCAUUGGCAAGAGAAUGGACCCACCUUUCCUAACACUCCUUACCGCUACCAGGCCUGCAGGUUUGGGCAAGUUCCAGACCACCCUGCUGGGCUGCGACUCUUCACAGUACAGAUUCCCCACCAACGCCUGCGCCAGCCCCCACCUUGCUACCUCACAGCCUGGGAUGGCUCUACCUUCUUACCCCUUCGGACCAAGCCCUGUGGUCAUGAAGUCAUCUCCUGCCUCAACGUCAGUGAAUCGGGCACCUUCCUAGGCCUGGGCACGGUCACUGGCUCUGUUGCCAUCUACAUAGCUUUCUCUCUCCAGUGCCUCUACUAUGUGAGGGAGGCCCAUGGCAUUGUGGUGACAGAUGUGGCCUUUCUACCUGAGAAGGGUCGUGGUCCAGAGCUCCUUGGGUCCCAUGAAACUGCCCUGUUCUCUGUGGCCGUGGAUAGUCGCUGCCAGCUACACCUACUGCCCUCACGGCGGAGUGUUCCUGUGUGGCUGCUGCUCCUACUGUGUGUUGGGCUUAUUGUUGUGACCAUCCUGCUGCUCCAGAGUGCCUUUCCAGGUUUUCUUUAGCCUCCCUGGGAAUCAGAGGCCUGGACACUGCCACCCUGUAGAGCAGAGUGGAGGCCUGGACCCCCAUUGCUCUCUUCAUUUGGAGCUGCCUCUGAUGAGACAGAUGGGUACUGCCUGCCCUUCCCAGUUAAAGCUUGGCUGUGGCUCUGCGUGAUUCUGAGUCUGGGAACUCUGCAUUCAUCAUCUGUGGACCCACCCAGAACAGUGAUAUCUGAAGUCCCAGCCAUACUUCUUGCUUCCUUCCCUCUGCCUACCAGAAGCUCCAGAGUUGAGCUUGUCUUGUCUCCAGAAACCUGGGAAGAUUCCCAGAAGCCUGGAGGUUCUGUUGUUCUUCCUGCAGAAACGGUUUCUCUUCCUCCUCUCACAGCCAUGUGGCCAGUUUUUCAUAUGAAGCCCUUGGCAUUGGCUGGGUUAGGAAAUGACCUGGUACUUGCUAUUAGGGCAAGAAGGGGCAAAAGGAAGACUCAAGUAGUAAUCUGUGGGGUCAGGAGGGUAGCACCAAGCCAGCAAGGAAAAUAUGCAAUAAGUUUCUGGAGAGCCUACCCCAGCCUUGAAGAAAGGGAAAAUUAACCUCGGGCCAUUAGGCAAGAAAAGUUGAUAUUUAAUAAACAAGGGAAGACUGAACUGAGA